UAUAAGCUGGCGUGUACCGCACGAAGAACUAUUCCAGAAACAAAACACCGAAUCGAACGUGGCUAUGUUCAUCACCUACCUCUCUCUCCUCCUCUCUUCUCCGCUCUGUAUUCUUCCCCUUCCAACACUACCAAAGCCCUAACACUUAAGCCCGUAGACCAUGCCUCUCCCUCCUCCCGGCUCGCCGCCGCCAUUUCCGCCCCCCGCCCAGGUCCUCCGCUAUGCGCAACCCCCAAGGCCAGCUGCCUCUGCUCGAGGUGAGCCUCUGCCAGAGCUCGCGCGGCGCGGAGUUAUUGCGUCGGAUUUGCUCCUCCCGCGCUCAGUUGGUGGCCGGGAUUUCCUUGGUCCUCGUCGCUCCAGCCUCGCUGUUAAUGGGAUGGGACAUCUGGGUGUGGAGGCGGAGAAGGGCGAUUCGGACCCGCUGCUCCUGGAUUUGCUCCGCCGCCCAUGCCUCGCUCCUGCACAGCUACUCCCCAAGGCUACGUCGCCCUGCCGUGCCAACCAGUCCCUGCUGGCAGGUUCAGGCCAGCUCCCUGCCGUUACUCCUGCUGCGGAUCUGGGGAAAUCGGAUAGGUCUGGGGAGCUCAUUGAUGGUGACGCGGAUGACUGGGAAGUGGUCAGACCUCCGUAUUGGUGGAGGAAGAACAAGCCUAGGCCUUGCCCGAGCUCCAAUUCAUCACACGAGGAAAGAAGAAAGAAGUUCCUGAAGCACGUCGAGGGUAAAUGCUGCAACUGUUUCGCUACCAACCACAGAGCUUUGAAUUGCACUAACGCAACCAAAUGCUGGAGAUGUCUCUUGGAAGGGCACCAGGCGGCUUCCUGUCCUGUCCUUAAAGGGGAACUUGGGAGGACCUCAUCUCUUCCCACGCCAACCAGUCCUACUUCUCCUGCAGCCCCUUUCAAGUCUCGUUCUUACGUUCAGGUAGUGAAGAAUCCUCCUCUGCCCAUGGCUGCCUUCCCAGGGGACCCCCUUGCCCGACCUGUGAGGGUGGAUUGUGCGAUCUCGGCUUCGGGAGCGAUUGAGGCUGCAAGAGAUGAAUUGGUGGGCAAGACUGUGGUCUGUUCGCUGGAGGGGAACAGCCAUGACUCUGAACCAAAGCAUGUGGAGGAAGCUCUGUCAGAGAGGCUGGGAAUCAGAGACCGUAGGUUUCAGGUAUUGAAACACUUCCCAGAACAAUAUCUCAUCAUCUUCAGUAGCUCUCAUGACCAACAGCUGGUUCUUCACCGAAGUCGCAUCAACCACCGUGGCCGGGUCUUCACCUUUGAGGCAUGGAAUGAACAGAGGUAUGGUUCUGUCACCCGUUGGGGUUUUCAUCUUAGGCUCAGGUUGGAGGGUAUCCCAGUGCAUGCUUGGAAUGAGAAGGUGGCAGCUCUGAUCAUCGGCUCUCACUGUGCUACCCACUUUGUGGAGGAGGAGUCUAGUUUUCGCAGGAGAACUAGGACCUUUGAUUUGUGGGCGUGGUGCUCCGACCCUUGCUUGGUGCCACGUGAGGCUUGGCUGACCAUCACUGAUCCAGACAGUGGGGUAGCUGUCCAUCCUGUGAGGCCGGUUGGCAUCAAACAUGGCCUGCUCUACAAGGUGCUUAUCCACAUGGAGGUAAUUGAAGAUCUCAGUUUUUCCCUGGGUGGUGGUGGGGGGCCUGGCAGGAAGCGUCGCCGGGUGAUGGAGUGGCAUUAUGGCGUCCCUGACCACCUGGGGGAGCGUCGGGAGCGUGGGCGCCAGUUGGAGCGCGGCAACCGCUCUUGGCGCCAGGGGGGCGACGAUGACGAUGAGCAGGACGGUCAUGGAGGUCGCCGUCACCGUAGUCGCUCUGUGUGGGAUCGAGUGUCCCGUUGCCAUGGUUCGAUCAACGACUGCUACUCCUCCUCUCAUCGCCAGGGGGAAUGGUCUCGCACUCCUGCACAAUAUCAUCGCCAGCAUGCUAUUCAUCAUCUUGCCUGGGGCCAAGGUGCUUUCAUGCCCAACUCCAAGCUGGUGUGGCGCCCCAAGCGUCUCUCUAACAAGAAGGUCUCCUUUGCUGAGCCCUUGGUGCACUUUAUUGAGGAGAAGGCUGCAGCACACCCUUCUGCUAUCAUCAAGCAAGAUUCUCAGACAGCUAGGGUGGCCAAGCCUGUGCAGGUGCUGCAGUCCACCCAACCCAUGGAGGACGUGGCGUCUCCUACUGUGAGCACUGGACAGCUCUCUGCUCCUCCGCUAGAGCACUUUGAUCGCCCACUGACCAAAGGCAAGGCGGAGGCAAUUAUUUCACUGGCCAACCUCGGCACGAAGGAGACGAACAAGAUGAAGAAAUCUACCAGGGCGACGGUGGCACCAGUCGAUGCAGUGGAAUUUGUGGCGUAAGGCCAUGUCAUUGGGCCAGUGGUGUGUGGUAGUAGUUUCCCCUAUGAUGUGUCUCCAAGGAAGUUUGUGUUCAUGGCUUAGUGUUUGGUGGUCUAUUAUUGCCAGUAGCGAGUGUUUGUGUCCUUUGUGUUUCUGGCUUUGGAUUUGGGAUGGCCUGCCUUAUAUGGGGCUCCCCAGCCCGGCACGCCCCUCCUCUCCCUUAUUUGUAUGGCAGCGCAACUGGUAUUUUAUUUUCAAAUGAAUAGAUCAGACUGCAAGAUUUUAUG